GAGUGCAGUGGAUACAUAAGAAUAAUUUUAAAUGCAAAUUAAAUUGUGGGGGUAGCAAAGAGAACAGAUAAACGACAGUAAAACAAAGCCUUUCACUUUCUUCAAAUUAGCAGGCUAAUGUAGUAUAAAAAAAAAAAAAAAAAGCAGUUCUACUCAGAUCUGUGCUAAGAGCUUUCAUUUCAUCAUAAUAUAAAACAGCAGAUCCGUCACUUUUCUCUGUUCAGUACUCUUGAUUUUGAGGUUGAAGUGAAAAUUAGAAGCUGUUCAUUCUGGCUCACAGACUAGGUUGCAUUUACUUAGUCUUAUUCCAUAACAGUAGGAUGGAAAGAGGUCAGUAACAGUGGAAUCUGACUGAUCAUCCAGACCGGAGUAUUGUACACACAAAUAAAGUUCCAUCAAAAUGGACUACUUUUUGGAUGUCGAGUCUGCUCACAGACUGUUUUACAGUCAAGGAGCCCAAGCUCGUCGGGCAACUCUUCUCACUGUGCCCACACUGAUGUCGGCUUCUUCUGAGGAGGACAUAGACCGGAGACCCAUUAGAAGACUGCGGUCUAAGAGUGACACCCCAUACUUAGAAGAAGCUAGGAUCUGCUUCAACCUUGACACAUCUCGCCGAGCCACGCUGCUCACCGUGCCCACAUUAAUGGCGGCAUCUUCCGAGGAGGACAUCGACCGCAGACCCAUCCGCCGCGUCCGCUCCAAGAGCGACACUCCCUACCUCGCCGAGGCCCGCAUCUCCUUCAACCUCGAGGCAGCCGAGGAAGUGGAAAGACUGGCUGCAAUGCGUUCAGAUUCUCUAGUACCUGGGACUCACACGCCUCCGAUCAGAAGAAGAAGCAAAUUUGCCACUCUUGGAAGACUUUUUAAGCCAUGGAAAUGGAGGAAGAAGAAGAGUGAAAAAUUUAAGCAUACUUCUGCAGCUUUGGAAAGAAAGAUAUCAAUGAGGCAAAGCAGAGAGGAGCUUAUAAAACGAGGAGUGCUGAAGGAAAUUUUUGAUAAAGAUGGGGAACUUUCCAUACCAAAUGACGAAGGAGCUUUGGAGAAUGGGCAGCCUCUGGGCUCUGGACCAGUGCUGAGCUCCAGCCAAGUAUCGCUUCCAGCCCUAGCAGAACUGGAGUCAGGUUCUGCGCCUGGGGAACCCUGCUCAUACGAGGUGCUCCCAACCACAGAGAUCAUGGAUGGAACAGUGUCUGAAGAGAGCCCCACAUCCAGUGAAUCCAGCGUCCUCCUGUCCCAAGAUCCUACAGCUAAGCCAGUCCUGCUACUUCCCCCCAAAAAAUCUGCUGCUUUCCCUGGAGACCAUGAGGACACCCCAGUGAAACAGUUGUCCCUCCUCAAACAGCCCCCUGCCCUGCCUCCUAAACCUAUUGCCAGGAUUGCCAGCCACUUAACUGAUCCUGGCGCUCCUGUGAAACUGCCUUGUAUGCCAGUUAAACUGUCACCUCCACUACCUCCAAAGAAAGUCAUGAUUUGCAUGCCUUUAGGGGGGGCAGACCUCUCUCUCUCAUCCUAUUCCACACAGAAGAGCUCCCAGCAGCCUUUGAGUCAGCACCAUCACACUGUCCUGCCAUCCCAGUUAGCAGCUCACCAGCACCAGCUCCAGUACAGCAGCCACAGCCAGCACCUGCCUUCUGGGUCCAGCACAUUGCCCAUUCACCCUUCAGGUUGCCGGAUGAUAGAGGAACUGAACAAAACACUAGCCAUGACCAUGCAAAGGCUAGAAAGCUCUGGUUUACAUACAGGUGAUAGUGUUACAAAAACAGGACCUGGAGGCCUUCCAGACAUGAGACAAGUGCCAACUGUUGUGAUUGAAUGCGAUGACAAUAAAGAAAAUGUGCCUCAUGAAACCAACUAUGAAGAUUCUUCCUGCCUCUACACAAGACAGGAGGAAGAGGAAGAGGAAGAGGAAGAUGAGGAUAACUCACUAUUUACAAGCUCUCUGGCAAGGAAAGUCUGCAGGAAGGACUCUUUAGCAAUCAAACUCAGCAACAGGCCUUCCAAGCGAGAGCUGGAGGAAAAGAACAUCCUCCCCAUGCAGACUGAUGAGGAGAGACUCGAACUUAGGCAGCAGAUUGGGACAAAGUUAACAAGACGACUGAGCCAAAGGCCGACUGCUGAAGAAUUGGAGCAGAGGAACAUUCUGAAACCCCGGAAUGAGCAAGAGGAGCAGGAGGAAAAACGAGAGAUAAAGAGAAGAUUAACACGUAAGCUGAGUCAAAGGCCUACGGUAGAAGAGCUGCGUGAGAGGAAGAUCCUCAUCCGCUUCAGUGACUACGUGGAAGUGGCAGAUGCACAGGACUACGAUAGGAGGGCAGACAAACCCUGGACACGACUCACAGCCGCCGACAAAGCAGCCAUUCGAAAAGAGCUUAAUGAAUUUAAAAGCACUGAAAUGGAAGUUCAUGAAUUAAGUAGGCAUCUAACAAGGUUUCACAGACCGUAGCAGUUCAAUUCUACCUGACUACUAUGCCAUCUUCAAAACAUAACUAAAAGGAACCGUAAGUGCUGGUAUUAUUCACUUUCCUGUUACGUACAAUGUAAAUCUUCUGAACUGCCUUUUUUUAAAAAAGGAAGAAAAAAAAAAGAAAAAAAAAAGGAGUAGAAAAUAAAUAUUAAAAAGAAAAUUGUAUAUACGUGUGAUGGGUACUGCAGCAUCAUCAGACCUGCUGGUUCAAGCUUCAAUAACAGGAAAUACCCCUGGUGGGAAUCAUGCCAAGACCUGGCAUCUAUGUAUAAGACUUUCCUGGCACGUGGAUUUGCCAUACAUGUUCAAGCCCAGCUGGUGGGGCAUCCAUUAUUUCAUCUUCAGACACCCCUCAUCCUGACAAGCCUCUGUCAACUCAAGAGUCCUGAGAUAGCGUUCAGGGAAUCACUGGCCUGGGUGAAGUCUCCUGCAGACCUGCACCUAUGGCACGGAAGUACUUUUGAUACCAAACACUCCUUUUAGUCUGCAAACGCCUUACAAGAACAGUGAAGGAGCAGAACUACUCUACAUGCCACCCCAUCUGCAAAUGCCAUCUGACUACAAAGGCACUUGCUUUCCCUGGAGAAGUUAUGGCAGUUAUUUGCCCAAGAAGACAAAGGCAUCAUCUGUGAAGAACAGGACUCCCUGCUGAAGGCUGGUUCUAGUAACUGCUUAUUUUUCAUCUCUUUCAAGAAUAAUUUCCUAAACCCAGGUAUGAACCCAGCAGCAGUAAGCUACAAGAACAUUGAGGACAAACAAGCAAAACCCAUCUCUUCAUAGUCACUUGCAUGGCAUUUGCUCAGCUUGUAGUUUGUUUUUAAUGCUCAAGCCUCAAGAUUGGGACACCCACUUGCUCUGCAGAGGGAGCACACAACAGGAAGACCCAGGGCUUUGAUAGCGAGCUUUCCUGCACCAAGUGUUCAAAAAACUGGUCCUAAACAUGUACUGAGAAAAGCAUGACAGUAUGGUGCCUGGCCUAACAAAAGGAGUCUGUUGCAUUGCUAUGGAAUUGUCACUGGCAUCUACAGAUGAAGCAUAAGGACAGAAAUCCAGGGGUGUUCUGUUUUGGUUUUAUUUUUAUUACAGUGGUUUAACACACAAACUGACCAAAUAGGGCUCAGAGAGCUGGAUGCUCUGGGUCUGGUUUACCUACCAACUCAAGCAUGUGCUUAGCACUAAGCAAGCAUGCAAAUAGUCUCACUGAAUUUAAGAAUAGAUCUCAGAGGGUUAAUUGAAGACACAUUUAAGUGCUUUUCUUAACCUAGGCCAGCACCUUCCACAUUCAAAACCUUAACUAGUAAUAAUGACAGCAAGCUUAGGUAAACAUUGUUGAGGAUUCUUUUCAAGAUAGGACACUAUCAUGCCAUGUUUUGAAUCAGUGAUCCCAAGGAUUGUAGCAACAUUACUGUAAGAACUUCCAGAUUAUUACUUCAGGACACCUUUUUGCUUCUGUACCAGCUAGUAUGCUUUGAAAGUUUGAACAGAGAAGCCAAAGUUUGUUUUGUUUUCUUUUCUUUUAAAUUGCAGCAUUACCAUUACUUUAUUUUUUAUUUCUCACUGUCUUCAAUGUAUCUAUCAACUCUUCUGCAUUCCCUUUCUGCCUCCCCUGCUGCCAUGCUAACAUUGCCGUUUAUUAAUUGCUGGCUGAGAGACAUCUCACCCAUCAGCAUUUUCUGGCCAACGCUGCAGAACGCCAAUGACUUCUGCCUCAUCUCAGGCCUCAGUCUCAUUCCUCUGGACACAGGAGUAAAGCAAAAGAAGCUGCAUGUAGCCUGUGGAGUCACUCCAGCAUCCAGCCUGCCCAAACAACACUGUCAGGAGGCUAACAGACUCCAUCUACACUUUGCAGUGGUACUCACAGGAUUACCGCACAGAUUUGUGCUCCAUUGGAGACAACUGGAAGUUAAAAAAAAAAAAAAAAAGCUGGUUUCUGGUGCCUCAUUUUUGAGGCAUCUGCCUCUGAUGUGAUACUCUUCCCAAACCAGGCAAUGAUUCCCAAAUAGACACAGUGAUUCCUGUAUCAGCAGCUCACAGUGGCUUUAGGUUCAUCUACAGUGAAAGCCUGUACUGUGCAUUGUUAUCAGCUUAGUGCAGCAACGCCAGGGCACUCAUAGUCAGAAAUAUACUGCUUUGCAUUUACAUUCCUGAAAAGCUGGGGUUCGUGAUUUUUAAAUUUAUUUCCAUGCAUAUAUAACAAGACCACAUUACAAGCUUUAUGAUGGAAAACAGAACCGUAGGCUUUUGGUCACACACACUGCAUAAAGGGUUCUGCAACACAGCUGUUCUGAAGACUAACAAGCCCUCGUCUUCCCAGCAUAGAGCCUAUACCUGCCCCAGCAUUAUUAGCUUAGAGGCUCAGCAUGCAAAGGAAAAACAGUUGAGGAACAGUGGAGACAGAAAUCACAGGGUGUGGUACGGAGGAAAAAGUGAUUUUUUUUUUUUCUAAUUUAAUGAUUAAAAUCAAGAGGAAAAAUGUAGAAGAAGCAGCCUGUUGUCUGUGCUAGAGUCUACAGGGGAGCAGACCCCAGAAGUGCUCACAGCUGCCAGUCUGGUACCUAAAUAAACCCUUGGCUAUUAUGCUCCUCAACCACUGCCCAAGUCCUGGGUAAAUGCCACCCACCCACUACCUUGCCUUCAGUUGAUGAGCCCAUGAUGGCAGGUUCCUGCUGACCUCUCAGCAAGCUAUCCAUCUCUGGCUGUCUCAGGAUUUGUGCUGUCCCCAUAGCAGCAAUGUAUGGCAAUGCCUUUUUUUUUUUAAUGAUGUUAACUCCUAACUGUCUGAUCAGACACCAGGACACAGUGGAAGAACCGACAUAUUUCUCCCAAAUAGCAAGUAUAGCUUAUUACUGGAAAGGGAGAAGAAAGAGAAAGAAGCCAUACAAAGUGUUUGACACUAGUAAGCAUCACAGAACUGGCACUUCACCUGGUUUUAGCUUUGGAUUUGGGGAUUUAGCAAAGUUACCCUUGGCAGGCAUUCUUCAACAAGCUUUCAGUGGCUGAACAAUGCAGUGUGUCCUCAGUUUGCACACCCAGCUCUGUCAUUUGUGGGAAGUUGUGAGCAGACUGAGGAACAGCUAGAUUUUUUGUUUGUUUGUUUAUAAAUCUGUUUUCUUGAGCACUUGGUUUUCUCGUCUGUGAAAGCCACACACAGCAAGUAGCUGUAAUUCUGUUGGGAGACAAAAAAAAAAAAAAAAAAGUCAUGAUUCUCCAUCCUCCAUCGAGCUGGAUUACAUGAAGGAAAUAAUGAUAACAUUCCUGCUGAAGGCUCAGUUAAUACCAGUCAUCUUCAUCUUCAUUCACAUUAGGAAGAGCUUAACAGUAGUAAUAAAGAAGUGUCAUUUAGAGGAUGAAAAAAGUCAACUCAGAACAAAAAUUGCUAUUCCAAUCAUUGGUCUCCAGGGCUGAUAACGCAUGUAAUAUACCAGAGUUAAGGAAGAAAAACAUUUUGUCUACUCAAUCCCAAUGGGCUAUCUUUCCAUCCUUAAAAUAACCAAGUAAUGUGACACCUGUCCUACAGACCAUGGAAACGGGUUGAAACUGAGGAGAAAAAAGAGAAUAGCAACUGCAGGAACUUCUAGAUAAAAGUGUUGUUUGUUUGUUUUUUUAAAAAGUUAUGGUGAGCUAAUGCAACACUGGCAUUGCCCUCUCAACUACCUACACCCUUGCCAGGAGUCAACUGUAGGGACAUGGUGAUGUAUUUAUGACUAACAGGGAAGGUCAGCAUUGUGGCCUUUCCACACUCCACACCUUAGGUAAUUGCCAGCUAAAACAGUUUUAGGCUCCAGGUUUCCUGUAACUGGACUCAGGCCAGCUUUUGUGUCUAGCACACACUAGACACUACCAUAAGAGAUAGAAGGUAGGAAAAUAAUAUAGUAGACCUUCAUUUUUAACUAUAUUAAGUGAAAGUAGGUAAGCCCAUUACACAAAUAUAUUUCAGCCUAAGGCUUGUGUGUAACCAGAGCACUUUGUCAUCACUGCAAAUAGACACCAAACCCACCAUCCAUUAUUUCUACAGUGCCAUCUGUACAGUGGAAACACUACAAACCUACAGACUGGGAGCACUUCCAACCUGCCUAGUGAAUGUUUGCACUCACACAGUCACACACAAAAAAGGGUAAGAUGGUAACCCACAGUUACAUGUGAACAGGGGCUCCCCAACGUGCCUGCAAAUAAAACCACUUUGUAUAGCCAUGGGAGAUGACUAGGCUAAUAAAAAUCAGGAAAGAAAAUGGGGGACAAAUAAUUUUUCCCAGGUGUUUAGUCCGCUUGAGCUUGGAACAACUUCUGUAAACAAAGAGGAGGUGAUGGGCACAUUACCUGCUUUCCCAUGUGCCCCAGGUACUCCUGCACCAGUUACAUUUGCCAGUUGAUAACCAAGUGUAUGUAUAUAGUUCGUCUUUGUAUAGGAGUGAGUGUGGUGGCUGUCAAACGUGCUCUUCCAGUAUUGUAAUUUAACAGAUUAUGGCUGUAUGAAAACAAUGUAAAUAAGUAGAAAAAAAUUAAACUGGAUCUCUAUGUCCUAAUUUUUGUACAUACUGAAACUGCAUGGUAUUUAAAUUAUUGUUUGUCUCUGAUGUAUGCAGUUUCUUUAAAAAAAAUCAUUUAAAAAAAAAAAAACA